GUUACAUACACACUCACACACACUAGCCUUCUUCUUCUCCAUCUUCAUCUCGUGCUUCUGUGUCAGAGACCAAGAAAAUGACGGCGGCCGAAGUAGCUUCUGCGCAGACCAAGAAGCUCAUGAAGUUCAGUCUUUCUCUCUUCCGUCGUGGCUUUAACUCCUCUAAAUGCAAAACGGCGGCGAAGAUGGCUGUGGCUCGGAUAAAGCUUCUAAGGAACAAGAGAUUAGUUGUGGUGAAGCAAAUGAGGCGUGACAUCGCUGUUCUUCUUCAAUCCGGUCAAGAUGCCACUGCUCGAAUCAGAGUUGAGCAUGUGAUAAGGGAACAGAACAUUCAGGCAGCAAACGAAAUCAUUGAGCUUUUCUGUGAACUUAUUGUUGCUCGUCUCACUAUCAUCACUAAGCAAAAGCAAUGUCCUGUGGAUCUUAAGGAAGGUAUUGCUAGUUUGAUUUUUGCUGCGCCUAGAUGCUCUGAGAUUCCUGAGCUUGGAGAUCUUCGAGACAUCUUUGAGAAGAAAUAUGGGAAAGAUUUUGUAUCUGCUGCUACUGAUUUACGUCCUAGCUGCGGCGUAAACCGAAUGUUGAUUGAUAAGCUUUCGGUUAGAAAUCCCGGUGGAGAAUACAAACUCAAAAUCAUGAAGGAAAUUGCAAAGGAAUUCCAGGUUGAUUGGGAUACUACAGAGACAGAGCAAGAACUUCUCAAACCUCUAGAAGAAAGCAUAGACGGGCCUCGUAAGUUUGUUAGCGCUUCAAGCUUACCAGUUAAUCGUGCAGCUAUCAACGAGCCUACUGAUUCUACCAAAGCAGUGCCGAGAUCGAGUAGUAGCACGCGCAUCAACACGCAUUAUCAUGACACCGAGUCAGCAGCGGAAGCAGCUACUGAAUUAGCCAAACAGGCAGUUGCAGCAGCACAAGUAGCCUCCUUAUUGGCUACCAGAAGAGACAGCACCAACGAGUUCUCUGUAUCUUCCGAUCGUUCAACAAAUCAGAAGGAUUCACAGUACAUGGACCAUCAUCAUUCUCCAGGUUCAAGGAGACAAUCACGAGACUCCGAAACAAGUUCUUAUUACGCAAAACCUAGUGCAGAAAACAGGGGAAUGGGUAGAAGACAUAGCUACAACAAUCCGGGUAUUAAUGAAUCUCACUACGAGGAAGACUACACCAAGACCGAAGCAGAAGCCAAGGAAACAAUGAGGAGGAGACACAGCUACAACUCUCGAUCAGUUCCUCCUCCUGCCACUUCUGAGAUCAAGUUUGAUGAGUCAGACUACUACGAGGAAGAGACAGAGCCAGAAGAACCAUCACAUGGUCGUGUUUCUUCUCUCCCGCCAAACCGAGAACCUCCUCAGGCUCCUCAGUCCGGUGAGUCCAGACGGGACUCAAGCGGUCACCAUGUUCACCCAAAACUGCCUGACUAUGACAUUUUGGCUGCACGUUUUGAAGCAAUCAGACAGAGUAAAGGGCCAUUGAUCUGAAGCCAAUAACUUCCACUACUGCUAUAUAUAGAAAGAAAUCACGUACGGGAUAAUGCAAUUAUCAUGUUUAGUUUUGUGUAUGAAGAAGAAGAAAGAUGCAUUUUUUGUUUACUUACUAUAUAACGGUUCAGUUUUGUUGUGAUCUUUUCUGAAACUAUAGUUAAACCGGUCUAGGAAAUCUGAAUUGGAAACUGGCUUUUCAGAAAUCCAAAGUACAGAUUCCAUGAAAAACUGUAUAUGGAAUCAGUUAUUUAUUAAUCUUUGUAGAUUAAAAUGCUUAUCUAAUU